GUCCCGCGAGGCUGCGUCGUCUUCAGCAGCAGUGAAAUCCAUCCUGCCGCAGAUUCCAGCCACUUUUUCAGCAUCCGCGUGGACAAGACAUUGACGAUAUGGAAUAACAGGAUGCCAUUUGUGGGAUUCACCUGCACCUCACCGGAGGAAGUUGCAAAGAACAGGUGCUUCUUCGGAACCGUGCCCCACGCAUUCUACCUGGGCGAAUGCGUGGUGAUUGGGGGAACUGGCGAGGCCUGGAUGCGCUCAGACGCUGAGCUCUUGGCGCCAAAGCUCGGCCAGCCCCCAGAGAAGCACGCACAGCGUCGACACCUCUCUCCACAACUCCCCGAGCACAAGCGCUCGGCGCCGUGGACUCUACGCCCUGGCGAUCUUCUUGGUUGCCGAUAUCGGCGGUGCGGGCUCAGCGCGGCUGGUGCUGAAAAG